CCCUCCUACAGGUUUGGUUCAGUGCCUCAUAGGAAUAGACAAACUUGUGUUAAUUGGAAAGGUUCAACCUUCAUUAUAUAGGUAAGGGGAAAUCUAAAAAUGGGAAGGCACUCUUGCUGUUACAAGCAGAAGCUUCGGAAGGGUCUCUGGUCACCUGAAGAGGAUGAAAAACUUCUGAGGCAUAUUACUAAGUAUGGCCAUGGAUGUUGGAGUUCUGUGCCUAAGCAAGCAGGUUUGCAGAGAUGUGGUAAGAGCUGCAGGCUUAGGUGGAUCAACUACUUAAGGCCUGAUUUAAAGAGAGGAACAUUCUCACAAGAAGAAGAAAAUCUUAUCGUUGAACUUCAUGCAGCAUUAGGGAAUAGAUGGUCUCAAAUAGCGGCACAAUUGCCAGGGAGGACUGACAAUGAAAUAAAGAAUCUGUGGAACUCUUGUUUGAAGAAGAAACUGAGGCAAAAAGGAAUAGACCCUGUCACUCAUAAACCACUGUCCCAGGUUGAGAGUGGAGAGGACAAUGCUAAGAGCCAAAAGAAAGCACCUGGAGUAUCUAGUGAAUUGAACCUCCUGAAAUCUGAGAGCUCCAAGUCAGAUGCAGCUUCCUCUGAGCAGAGAACAUCUUCAAUUUCCCCAAAAGCCUAUGCACCCGAGAUGGAAGGUUCUUACAGCCCCAAGAUUUACAGCAAAAGUGAUGGCAAUUUGAUAACCAAUUGUUGCAGCAAAGACUUGUUCCUAGACAAGUUUAUGAGUACUCGCCAGGAGAGCUACACCACAAGUUGCCACCCCUCAGAUUUGAUGGGGAAUUUUCCCCUUCAGAUGAGUUAUGCUACCACUGACUUUCUCCCAACUGAUUCAAACUCUAGUCAUUGGUUCAGCCAAACUGGAAGGCCUUUUGAUAUGAAUUCUGAAUUUCCUUUCAAUGCCACUUCUAUUCUUACACCUACAACCAGCUUGUUUCUUCCCAGUUCUUUUUGCUACAAGCCUUCAUUUUCUGUUCCCUCUGACAAUAUUUCUACAGCCUAUGGAUCCAAUUACUGGGAAGCCAAUGCCUCCAACAAUAGCAAUAGCAGCAACAGAAGUAAUAGCAGCACAGAGUUGAGAAGUAGCAGCCCCUUAAACGUACAUAACAAUAUCCUUUCUUCUUGGGGAUUGGCAGAUUGUAGCACCUCUACUAAAGAGGCUCAAAUUCAUAUGAUGGAAAACCAGACUGAAGAAGCCAAAUGGGAUGAGUACCUUCACAACCAAAUCUUAAUGCCAUCUUCCGUACAAAAUCAAGCACCUGAAUCUUUAUGCAACGAGAUUAAGCCUGCCAUGCAUUUGGUACCUGAUACUUUAGGGGCUAUACUACCUCAUACCAAGCAUCAAGAACCGUCUCAAACUUCUAGUAUCUUUUCCAAGGACAUCCAGAAGCUCAGAGCAGCCUUUGGACAUAUGUAGCAGCAUUUGACAAAAACAAAGACAAUAGAUGGGUUCCAAUCCAAGGGAUUGCUAUUCUUAGUACAGGUGUGUGAAACCACAGAUUUUGCUCUUGUAUAUAGGUCUGAUACAAAACAUUUAUUUCACCCUUUUUCGUUUUUGUUAAUACUUGUGAGCCAAACCAUUUGUCUUCUACCCUUUUCUUCUCGGAUGUGGGGUAGAAUUGCAGAAUAAGGAUUGAUCUGCUGUUUUCUUUCUGCUCUUUCUUUAUUUACUACACUGUAACCGCAUUACAAUGGUGCACUUCUAUA